UUCUGUUGUGCACUACUGCUGACUGCUUUGAAGACCUGAAAUUAAGUUUAGUUUAUGACUCGCUUUUAUUGGUAUUCGAAUAAGUUGUUUUUGUUGCACUUGCUGUUGAAUGCAACAUGUUGAAUGCUCUUAAGACUAUCGUUCAAUUUUAGUUUAUGGCUCACAUUUAUUUAUAUUCGAACAUUUUGUUCAUAUUGCAUUGCAUAUACCAUUGCUUCCUAGCACGUGCGUUUAAUUCAGCUGCUGUAGCUUCAACUUGAAGUAAACACAGUUGAUUGCAAUUGUUUUGUCCAGACCUUUAAUUUUCGGCGACUGCUCUGAAUUUAACUUGUUUGAUAAUGAUGUUGGAUUGAAGACGAAAACUAAUCCAAGGCUAGAUUCUGUAGCUAAUUAUUAAGAUUUAAUGGAAACUUCAUAGAAUGCUUUGGAUCUGAGAUUCAGGAUAAGAAUCAGAAUAGGAAUCAGGAUAGGAGAACAGCCUGCUCUCUUGAACACUCGUUGAUAUUAUAUCAUAGAAGCAAAGUUGCUUUUUUUGGUGAAUGACGAUUAAAGAAUCUAACGUGCUCGGUUCUAGAUGUUGUUGAUCCUUUUUUAAUAAAUGACCUAUCUUUUUGGUUCGGACGGUCUUUACGAACGAUGCUUUUUUGUGCUUUCAUUCAAGGCAGUUUUUGGUUUGCGGCGCUUUAAAGCCGUAAUGCUACUAACAUUACGUAUUGAAGAUAUCUAUAUUUCGAAGGCCAUACAAUAUUACAUAAACUAGCGAUAUCCAGGCUUGUAAGUAUGUCGAAAGUUUUCCGACUGGAUUGCUGGAAAGCAAAAGCUUGCACAGCCUGGCUUCAUCGGUCUCGUAGCGACGUUCGAUAAUGCCAGUUGUCCGAUAGAUUGACAGCUUAAAUUUUAACGACCCCUUUCAUUGGAACCUACUGUUAUUGUAAGUAGAGAUCGUCUUUUCUCGUAUUACUCUUAUUAAAAACUUUGACGUUUGAUCGUAUUUUGAUCAAUUAUACCAAAGCAAAUACACUCAACUGAGCCAUAACUACCAGCUGUCUUUUCAAUCACCACGCAGUCCUCGUUCGUGAUUGCAAUUGGACCAUUUACAGCAUAAAUUGAGCAUUCAAAAGAUGAACUGUUUCUAAAUAUUGAUAUUCAAUUUGAUUCAAUUUGGAUCUAGCUUGCAAUUUUCGAAAAAGCGUCUAUUUUAGAUUUUGUUGUUUGUAGUAUUUUCAGAUUAGAGCUUUUAAUGAACCUAUCAUUGCGUUUCCACGGAUUAAAAACACUUCAAUGUCUGUUUUUAUUAGGAAAAUUAAACACAGUACAACAUGAAUGUUUAAGAACACGGCGAUGAGCGAAUAUACGGGAAAAUAUUUUCAUUUCAUAUCUUUCAUUUUUUUCAAGAAAAAUAAGAAUGUUUCGGGAUUCCACUGAACUAUGGAACCUCCAUAAACGAACACCUCUAUACAACGGACAAUUCACAACAACGGACAAAUUUUUAACCCAAAUGGUCAAGCGCUCUUAAAAGAAUCUCUAUACAACGGACAAUUGCACUAGUCCGACCGACAUCCGUUUAAUGGAGGCUCCACUGUAUUUGUUAAGAAACUGCCUUUUAAAAAAGACUUUCUAGGUAACGACAGAUACAAAAAUUUUAUAUUCGACCUUUCUUUGUGCUGUAAAUUUUCAAGGCAAAAAUGGAUAAUUCUAAGCACGGGGAGAACAGUCAUGUUUAUAAAUGCCAACAAGUGACAACUUUCUACGUUUUGCUAUUGCGCUUUGUUAGAAUAUUUUUAAACAUUUCAUAGCACUACACCCCUGGCUAUAUAUAUUUAGUUUUCAACAGGCAUACCGAUUUCGAAUGGCAUUACUAAAGAUGUAGCCAUAUCUCUGAAUAUUUAACUAAAUAUGAGACCAUGAUUGCCCAGUAUUUAGUAGAACCAUAGGGGUAUAAACAUCGGGGAGGACACGUACAACCUCUUUACUCCUCUAUUUGCCUUUCCCUUUCUUUUGGUUCCCUUCUCCAAAGAUUGCGUCAUUGAAAAACCCUAUCUUCGCCAAGCGUGGAUUUGCAUUUGUGAAAAAACCUAUAGGCGUAAUCAAUCAUCGCUGGCAAAGAAUCAUUGGCUUCAACAAAAAGUUCAUUUAAAGUUUUCAUUCAUUCAUUCGUCUUAAUAACCUUAAAUCGGGAUUUUGAAAACUGCUUCUUUGAAAGUACUUUAAUGCUGUACAAGCAGGUAUAUUUAAAUAAAUAAUAAGUACGGGCUUGUGGUUGUCGUUUCUCUAUGAAGAGUUUUAACGAAGAACUUAUGCAAGGUUGGAAAAGAUGAAACCUGCUGGAGAAUAGAAAUUUUGCUGUGCCCUUAAUAAGACGAUGGCCAGCCCGUCAUCGUCAUUUAUCGGUAGCAUGCUGAUGAAGGCCACCAUUCCUAUCGCUUAUCAAACGGACCACGAAAGGCCCCCGCCGAUGGAGCGUUACCGACUGCUUGUCGUUGGCGACAAUACUUGUGGAAAAACUUCCUUGUUGAAUUCAUUUGUCAACUCUGAUUUCGAGGUCGACGAAUCCGAUUGUGGGAUCUUUGAUGAAUGUAUUACUGAGGUCCUGGUGGGAACAAAGCCAAUCGAAUUUAUGCUGUGGGAUUUAUCAGGCCACGAAGAAUACGAUGGUUUUCGCAUUGAGCUCUUUCGUGUCGCAGACAUUUUUCUUGUUUGUUUUGAUAUUGGAGAUCCAGAAUCAUUCGAAAAUGUCGAAGACGUGUGGAUUCCUGAGAUCAAGUAUGUAGCACCAGAGACACCAUUUAUUUUGGUUGGAUGCAAAAACGACUUGCGAACAGAUGCUAGUUUAGAUUACUUUCUCUCUGUUCCUGGGAUGCAAAACGAAGCCCAAAGCACUGAAUCUGUUUGCAAAAGCAAGGCAGAAAAAACGGCGGUAGAAUCGGGUGCUGCAGAGUACAUCGAAUGCUGCGCCAAAACGAGGUUCAAUAUCACCGAAGUAUUCAAGACUGCAGGUCACGUGCUAAUGUUAAAGAAUGACCCAUCAUACAGCUUGCAGCUGAAGUCUAACUUGGGAUUUUUAUCAAAAUAUUCGAGGAGAAAAUCGACUGAAGUAGGAGACCGAUUACAACUGAAAAAGGGAAAACUUUUAUUUACUCCCGAAAGAAAUGGGCGCAGAGGAUCAAUGUUUUAAGAGAUCGAAGUAUGGUGGUGAGAAAAUUUGCUUUGGCACACAUUUAUGCGAGUUUGGACCAGUUGUCAAUUGGUGCAAGUACAUGUUUGUUGAAAGUCUUUGAAUGAAGAGGGUUUUGAAGACACAACGCUGGUUUUUGAAAGUGUGUUGUUAUUAUGGCUUACCUUGAUGAACGCCAUUUUAGUCACUAAUGAUCAGUAUAGAAAUAAAGUAUAUAUGUAAAUAUAUAUUGUUGUUGAGAAAUGAUCAACCAUUAUCAAGAGGCUGUUGCAGAACAUUUUCAUUCGCGGAAUGUUUUUAAAACCUUUUACUGUACAUAUGUAUUUAUUUCUUUGAUAUUUUUAUAUGAUACAUGCUUCAGAACAUUGCUAGUUAAUUUUGCAUCUAUAAUUUUAGAAAGUUCUUCCAAUAAAAUAAGAAUUAUAAAUCUUAGCAUUUCCUAUUGUGUGAAUUUAUGUUGAGAAAUUUUUGUUAUGUUACAACAUAUAUUGAAUUUUCAGCCUUGAAGAUGUGUCAUAUUCCAUGGAUUCCCGUUAUCGUCUAAUUUGAAGUUUUCAAUACGAUAUGUUGUAAA